AUGUAUGCAAAAUGUGGUUGCAUAGACUGUAGCUAUGAAGUAUACAAGAACUUGGCGGGUAAAAAAGAUGUUGUGACAUGGAGAGCAAUCAUCUCAGCAUUCUCCAUUCAUGGUGAUGCUGAGAAAUGUAUUCAACUGUUCGAUGAUAUGAUAGGAAGCGGGAUUAUGCCGAACAAGGUCAUCUUUGUAGCGAUCCUGUCUGCUUGCUCCCACGCCGGGCUUGUCGAGCUAGGGUUCCACUUUUUUGAUCAGAUGGUGCAUAAGUUUAACAUUAGUCCGUCAAUUGAACACUAUGGUUGCAUGGUUGAUCUCCUAGGUCGUGCCGGGAGGCUGGCUGAAGCUGAAGACUUCAUUUCUCGCAUGACUUUAAAGCCGAACUCUGUCAUAUGGGGUGCACUGCUUAGUGGGUGUAUUCUCCAUAAAGACAUGAGAAGAGGGGCACUUGCAGUGAAUGAGCUGAUCAGUUUAGGUCCUUUGUCUGCAGACCGGUACAAGCAAGUCAUCAAGUUUUUUGCUGCAAUGGGAAUGGAAGAGAAUGUUAAUCAGAUUUGA